AUGCAGCUCAAACGCACUCAUAUCCGAACAUGGAGAGAGUUAGCUGAAGCGUUUCUUAAAUACUAUCAAUACAAUACUGGUAUGGCUCCUAAUAGGACCCAACUGCAAAGUUUGACUCAGAAUACCGGUGAGUCAUUCAAAGAAUAUGCGCAAAGGUGGAGAGAGUUGGUUGUCAGGGUUCAACCUCCCUUGCUGGAAAGAGAGCUUAUUGGUAUGCUCAUGAGUACUCUUCAAGGGCCUUACUUGGAUAGGAUGGUCAGAAGUGCUUCUUCCGGUUUCUCAGAUCUGGUCAUUGCGGGGUAA